AUGGUGGCCUCGUGGCUCGCGCAGGUACGCCGCAACAACGCCCACAAUGUCUCGACGUUUCGCCGGGCGCCCCUCGCCGAGAUCUCGGGCUCCCUCGGCGACCUGGGGACGCUGCUCCCGCUCAUGAUUGCCCUCGCCGUGCAGGGCUCCAUCGAGCUGGGCUCCACGCUCGUCUUCACGGGCGUCUUCAACAUACUCACCGGCCUGACGUUUGGCAUCCCGCUGCCUGUGCAGCCGAUGAAGGCCAUAGCGUCGGCGGCCAUAUCUGGCCGGGAAGACCCGUCGAUGGCAGUUGUUACCGCCGCAGGCCAGUGGGUCGGGGCCGCCGUCCUCAUCAUGAGUGUCACCGGUCUGCUUCGGUGGGCGGUGGCCGUGGUCCCCAUCCCCGUCGUCAAGGGCAUCCAGCUUGGCGCCGGCCUGUCCCUGAUUCUCGGCGCAGGCUCGUCGCUCCUGCAGCCCCUCCACUGGAUCGAUCCUGUCCUGGACAACCGCCUCUGGGCCUUAUUCGCCUUUCUCGUCCUCAUCGGCACGCAGCAUCUGCCGCGCUUCCCCUACGCGCUGUGCUUCUUUGUGCUGGCCAUAGUGUUUUCACUCAUUCAAGUUCUCUCGUCUCACCACAGCCUACCAUGGUUCCAUGUCUGGCACCCUCGCUUCUCAUGGCCAACUUGGGUCAGUGCACAUGAUGCCCCGGCCCUGUGGAUGGCAAUCGGACAGCUGCCGCUGACCACGCUCAACUCCAUCAUUGCCGUCAGUGCUCUGGCCGCCGACUUGCUUCCUGAUUUGCCCACUCCGUCGGUCACGUCUGUCGGGAUGAGCGUCGCGCUCAUGAACCUGACCGGAACCUGGUUCGGAGCCAUGCCCGUGUGCCACGGCGCCGGCGGGCUGGCGGCACAGUAUCGCUUUGGCGCCCGCAGUGGUGCAAGCAUCAUCUUCCUGGGCCUCAUCAAGCUCGUUCUUGGGCUCGUGUUUGGCGAGACGCUCGUCGAUCUCCUGAGGCAGUACCCCAAGAGUCUUCUGGGCAUCAUGGUCCUCGCCGCAGGUCUGGAGCUGGCUAAGGUCGGGCACACUCUGAACCAGGGCGCACCGGACCUGUGGCAAGAGUCGGCAGAACGGGAGGGCUCUUCGGUAAUCACUCGGAAGCACCGUACCCUCAGCGACGAGGAGCGUCUGGAGAGAUGGACGGUCAUGCUGAUGACCACGGCGGGAAUUAUGGCGUUCCGGAACGACGCUGUGGGCUUCCUGGCCGGCAUGCUCUGCCACUGGGCGUACAGGGCAUCAAGCUGGUUCACGAAUUGGAAGCUACGUCGCUCGGGCCGCCUGGCGGAGCUGAACCCUCUUCUUCGGUAA